GCCCAAGACUCUUAAACCACCCUGAUCCUGAUGGUUGACCCUGAUCUUUAAAACAUGACCCGAUUGAAAGAGACACGUGACUGAGGUCAGUGCCUGCCGCUUUGGUGGACGUUCCCUUCUGCCCUGAAGAAGCCUCGGGACUUGGGGCCAGGACCCGCCUCCCAAAUCCCGAGUGCGGGGAAGGCGGCCGGGCGCGCCCUGUGCCCAGACCCAGCAGAGGGCGCUUUUCGCCGCUCAGUGCUGCUCAGACCCCCGAGCCCCGGCGGCCGCUGGCUCCCCUCCAGGCUCUGUUCGCGGGCCCUGGGCGGCUGACUGCGUCCGUCCGCCCGGAUUCCCACUCCCGCAAGCUCCCUGGUCCCGCGUGGCGGGCGGGAGGGCGGCGGAGGGCAGCGGGACGCUCCGUGCCGGCCGCGUUGUGCCCACUGGCGCCCCAUUCUCCGCACGGCAGGGACCCCCAGGCCGCCGGAUUUCUGACUUAGAAAUCACGCUUUGUGCCGCGAGUUUGGUAUCUCGGACCACUUGAGGUUUCGUAAAACCGCACCAACACCUAAAGAAAGUGGUCGCUUGCAGCGAUCGUGGGGGAGGGCCCCGCGGGCCGCGGAAGGCGGCGGAGGCUGCGGGCCGAGCACCCGCCGAAGCGGAGCCACCACCUCCCACCGCCGGCGCCCCAGGGGCCACUCCUCAGGCGAAGGCCGCGGUACCCGGAGCGCCCGGAAGGGGUUCGGGAGCGGCCUGCCCUUUCGGCUCCGGGCCAAGGGCCGCGCCUCCCUCCCAGCCCCAGCGGCGGCCGCGCUCUGGCCGGGUGACCGCUGGGCGUCCGCGGAGGGCCCCGCCGGAGCUGCCGCCACCGCCCGCGCUCCCGCCCGCUCGGCCAUGGGCGCCGCGGGUUCGUCGGCUCUGGGCCGCCUCGGCCUCCCUGCGCCGUCCCGGCCCGCCUGGCUCGGGGCGGCCGCGCUGGGACUGGCCGCCGUGGCGCUGGGGACGGUCGCCUGGCGCCGCGCUCGCUGCAGGCGGCGCCGGCGGCUGCAGCAGGUGGGCACCGUGGCGCAGCUCUGGAUCUACCCGGUCAAGUCGUGCAAGGGGGUGCCGGUGAGCGCGGCGGAGUGCACGGCCUUGGGGCUGCGCUGCGGCCACCUGCGGGACAGGUUUUGGCUGGUGAUCAACGAGAAGGGGAACAUGGUGACGGCCCGGCAGGAGCCUCGGCUGGUCCUGAUUUCCCUGACUUGCGAGGGUGAUGCCCUGACCCUCAGUGCAGCCUACACGCAGGACUUGCAGUUGCCUCUCAAGACACCGGCCACGAAUGCGGUGUACAAGUGCAGAGUGCACGGCCUGGAGAUUGAGGGCAGGGACUGUGGGGAGGCCGCGGCCCAGUGGAUUACGGGCUUCUUGAAGACGCAGCCCUACCGCCUGGUGCACUUCGAGCCUCACCUGCGACCGAGAAAUUCUCACCAAAUAUUGGACGCGUUCCGGCCCGCUGACCAGAUUGCAUACUCCGAUGCCAGCCCAUUCUUGAUCCUGUCUGAGGCAUCGUUGGCAGAUCUCAACUCCAGGCUGGAGAAGAAAGUUAAAGUGACGAACUUCAGGCCCAAUAUCGUAAUUUCAGGCUGUGGUGUCUAUGCCGAGGAUUCGUGGGAUGAGCUGCUUAUUGGUGAGGUGAUAAUGAAAAGAAUAAUGGCUUGUUCCAGGUGCAUUUUAACGACGGUGGACCCAGACACCGGCGUCAUGAGCAGGAAGGAGCCGCUGGAGACCCUGAAGAGGUGGUACGGAGAUGGCCAGGGAUAAAUCACAUCCCGGUGACUGUGGGUGCAGUGGCCAGACCCCGCCUGACCACUGAGAUCUGUGCUCUGGGGCAUGCUGGUUCCUCCUCUGAGACUCAGCUGUGGAAUGGAGAGAAAUCACAUUCUCACCUAGGCUUGUUGUAAGGAUUAGGAGAUUGCUGUGUGAGUGAGUCCUUCAGAACGUUCAGGGCCCCCUCUGACCACCCCCCCCCCCCCCCGAUAAUCGGAGUUGGGAAAUCAGGCUACAGGACUCCGAUCCUCUCUGACAGACACAGACCCUAAAAUGUCGCUGGCGUUGUGUGCUGAUGGGAGAGGCAGGUGAGGGAGGCACCUGGGCUCCUGGGAUCCAAGGUCAUUGCAGGGACCUGACCCCUGAGCUUGGGGCAGCGGGCAGGGGGGAGUAGGGGGGAGUACUCAGGGCGAGGCAGGGCAGCCUGGAGCAGCAGCUCCUGGCCCUCACCCACCCGCCCAUUGCUCAUUUGUUUGUUCAGCUGACCUUGUAGCAGAGGCCACAGUGGGCCAGGCUCUGUAGCAGGCUCAGGGAGGCCGCAGGGACUGGGGACCGGGACCUGGCAGGGCACCUGCAUCCUGGCGAGGAGCCAAGGGUCCCGGAAGAAGCCUCUGGAUUUGAUCAGCUCCGGUUUCUGAUGCGAAGAACAAAAUAAGGACCCGGAUGCCACACAAGCUUUCUUUUCUUUUCUUUCUUUUUUCUUUUAAAGCACUGUAGAAUGAAAUGAAGACUUUCUAUAAAAGUGUUUGAAAUAGAAAGAUGAUAUUAUGUUGGAGCUUGCUUCGUUGAGAUACUGAAGGAAAACUUUCUCCUGGAUGGGGGGUGGGGUGGGGCGGGGGGAUGAAUGUCGCCAUGUUGUUUCCACUCACUGUACCUGGGGCUGCUGGUGUUUUCUGCUGGACUAAGAUGUUUGUGCUAAUUCUGCUAGAGGCUUUUAGUCACUCACGCAUUCAUCCAUCGACAAAUGGUUGUGGGUCAAUGGGGACGUGUGGGGCCCAGCGCUGGGUGUGAGCAGUGCUACAGAGUUUGUCACAGCUGCUGCUCUCCAGGGACCCUCUGUCUUGCAGACAGACAGACGUGUGCCCUGACUACAGGACAGGGCAUGGGAGUGUUCCGGGGCUAGGCAGGGACACCCUGAGGAUGGGAAAAUUACUCCUGGCUGGGGGCUCCCGGGCUUCCUUUCUACGAAAUGGGGCAUUUGAGUUGGACCUGGAGGGCGAGGUGGAAUUUUAACACACGGGGAAAUGAAAGAGGGGCAUCUCACGGGAGCCAGCCAAGUACAAAGCAAGAUAAAAGGACUUUGAGGGAUCCAGUGGAGAGCGACACAGGUGCAGGUAAGGGGCAGAGGGUGACAGGUUUGAAAAAGCUGCUGGGGCCAGGUUGCGAGCCUUGCACGCCCUUCUGAAGGGCUGGAAUGUUAUUCUGUAGGCACUGGGGAGCCAUCGAAAGUGUCCGAGCUUAGGCAUGAUUAAGACCAGAGCAAAACUAAGAACAUCAUAUAGUGUAGCACCAGCAGCGAACUGGGAGCCGGGGAGCGGAGAAUGAGGAGAAGAGGUUAGUUCAGAAGUUGUCACAGCGGUCCGAGCGUGCUGGAAGCAAGGUGGUGGCCGUGGGAGAAACCGUGAGCAGAUCCAGUGAUGCGGGGCGGGACUUGGCAACUGUGGACAAGUGGUGGAGAGUGACGGGGAGGGGGUACUGCAGGCCUCCAGGGCUCCAAGCCUGGGGCACUGGUGGGGAUGCUGGUCCUAGUGAGGAGGGAUGUCUAGGAAGAAGAAAGGUGGUAACAUGUGUCUAAACCUCUCAAGUACCUUAUCGCUUAAUGCUGCAAAUGGGAACAUUCCAUGGAGGAAAGAUGUGGGCGUCUGGACAUGGGGGACUCUUCUGUGGUUUGUGCCCGCCGGCAGGCUGCUCCUGCACAACCCCAGACUUUGGUGGGAAUGGUGCCCCUGGUGGCCCUGUAGGGGGUGGACACUUACCUUAGCCGGGAAGGAAUCGUGGCUGUUUGAGCUCUUGCUCCUGUCUGUCCGGCUGUGACUCA